AUGGACGAACAUCAAAAGUUCCUCGCGGAUCGCUUGCUCAGCGAGGAGCGUCCAAUUACAUACCGCCUGCUGAGCAGAGCCCUCGGCGUUCAUGUAAAUACUGCGAAGGGCAUGCUCUACGACUUCCACAAGUACCAAAACGCUCAGCGAGCGGGCUCGGUCCAUGCAUCAUAUCUCAUCUUUGGUGUCAAACACUCAAAAUCCCGGCAAGAUGAUGCCGACGUCGGGAUGAGCAGCUCUAUGCCAGAGCCUGACCCGCUCUCUGAUGACGUACCAACCUCGACCCUCACACUCGUGAGCGAGGGCAGACUUCAAGACGUUUUGUCCGAGUACCAAGAGGUGACGGCAAUCCAUAUAUACAGUCUCGCCCCUCACCAAAAUUGCGACCGCAGUUUGCUCACCGAUACUGCCAAAUCCAUCUCAGAAUAUCCUCGGGAGAAAGACCCUGCCACUGCCGCAAAGAAAUUUGGAAUCAUUCUGAAUCCGACCCUUCGCAAGCGCGAUCGAGGGGGCCGCCCGGUGACCUCGGCUCUCACUGCGCAGAAGCCAGCCAAGGCCGAGCCGGUGCAGAAGCCGGCGCCGACGAAUUCAUCCACGCCAAAGCCAGCACCAGCGCCGCCUGCCAAGUUGAAGAGUGAGCCCUCUGACACUGCGUCAAAAAUCCCCACGCCAUCAUCAAGCUCCAGCAAGAGCGCCGGGCCCACGUCGAAGCGCGGAGGGCCCGGGGGCAUCAUGCAGUCCUUUGCUAAGGCGGCUUCAAAACCACCCAGCAAGCCAAAGCCCGCGCCCGAAAAAGAAGACGAUGCCGCUAUGGCGUUGUCUGACGAUGGAGAGGCCGAUGACGCCGACAUGCCCACCGCGAAGGAGACCUCUGCGGAUGCAACGACCACCAGAAGGACAAGGAAGGAACGCGAAGAUGAAUUGAGGCGAAUGAUGGAAGAGGACGAGGACGAGGAAAAGGAUGAGAACAGUGAGCAGAGUGACGAGGAGAUGCACGACGCCGUGGAACCUGAACCGGAGGCUGUUGCCGAGCCGCAGGCCGAAGAGAAGUCCGAGGACAAAGAGCCAGCCGAAGUUGUCUCAAGCACUGGGGAUGGGCGGCGCAGAGGAAAGCGCCGCAUAAUGAAGAAGAAGCGCAUCUUGGACGAUCAGGGAUACAUGGUGACGAUUCAAGAACCUGGCUGGGAAUCCUUUUCGGAGGACGAGGUGGCUCAACCGCCGGCAAAGAAAGUUACCCCUACACUCACCCCGUCAUCCUCGAAUCCAAAGGCGAAAAAGCCUACAGGAAAAAGCGGGCAGGGCAACAUCAUGUCAUUCUUCUCCAAAAAGUAG